AUGCCCAUCGAGAUACGGACUGCCUUGGAGCGCGACCUCAAACGAUGUGCUGAGAUCGGGCAUCAGGCAUUCGGCAAAAGUCCAUUCUUUAAGAUCAAAUUUCCCGGCUACGUACCGAAAGAUGGGUUCCUGGGUCUCCGAGCCAACGACCUAGCGAAACAACUUCGGGAGGAUCCGACAGCUCGUAUGUUCGUAGCAGUGGACACCGAACGAAGAGGCGAUGGUGCGAUCGUGGGUUUCGCCAAAUGGAACGUGUACCCAAAUGGCAUGCCUUACGCAAAGUCAAAGGCAGCCUCAUGGGGCCCGGGAGCCAACCUCGAAGCAUGCAAAAUGGUUUUUGCUGGAGUUGAAGAGAUGCGAAACCGUUUGAUGGCAGGCAAGCCAUGCAUCUGUGAGUUCCUCUUACGCAUUACGGAGUAA